AUGGAGCACAAAAUAUUCACAGUGACAGGCCUGGUCUGCGGCUUUGUUUUCUUUCUUCUACCGCUGCACUCCGCCUAUGGAGACGUGAGAUAUUCUUUUCUGGAGGAGAUGAAACACAGAUCUGUUAUUGGAAAUAUAGCCAAAGAUCUCGGGCUGGAGGCGAGRGGACUGUCKGCUCGUAAGGCCCGAAUUGAUACCGAAGGAAACCAAAAACGGUAUUGUGACAUUAAUCUGAGUACCGGGGAUUUGAUUGUUGCUGAGAGAAUUGACAGAGAGGGGCUUUGUGGCAAGAAGGCUUUGUGUGUUUUAAAACAGGAACUUGUAUUGGAGAAUCCUUUGGAGCUGCACAGUAUCAGUCUUCAUGUUCAAGAUAUAAAUGACAACUCCCCGCAAUUUAACGAGGAGAUGAUCGAUAUGGAAAUAUGGGAAUCCGCAGCUAAAGGCACUCGAUUCUCAUUGGAGGAGGCUCAUGACGCGGAUAUAGGACAGAACUCAGUUCAAAGAUACACACUUAAAAGGAAUGACAAUUUCGUUUUGAUAGUAGAUACUAAUAAUGUGGAGCUUGUUCUAGAGAAGGAGCUUGAUCGAGAACAAAAGCAGGAUCUUAAAUUAUUGCUUACAGCGAUGGACGGAGGCUCUCCACACAGAUCAGGUACUGUAGUCAUACACGUCACUGUACUGGAUGCUAACGAUAACGCCCCAGUGUUUAGCCAGGCCGUCUAUAAAGCCAGUCUGCCUGAAAACUCUCCGUUACGUACUGUAGUGGUUAAAGUGAGUGCUACGGAUGCAGAUGAAGGAAUGAAUAGGGAAGUGACGUAUGACUUCGGUCAUGUUUUAGAAGACGUUAAGAAAAUAUUUUCUAUCGACCGUAAAACAGGAGACAUAAGAGUUAUUGGCACUAUAGAUUUUGAAGAAGUUUCAUCAUUUGAAUUGCGAAUCAAAGCAAAGGAUGGUUUAGGGUUAGCAUCAUAUUCUAAAGUCAUAAUAGACAUCACAGAUGURAAUGACAACGRCCCUGUGAUAUAUCUAAAAUCUCUGAAAAGCCCCAUACCUGAGAACGCGUCUCCUGGUACAGAGGUGGGCAUCAUUAACGUGCAGGAUAGAGACUCUGAGAAUAACCGYCAGGUCCGCUGCUCCAUUCAGCAAAARSUUCCUUUUAAGCUGGUGCCAUCCAUCAAAAACUACUAUUCUCUGGUGACCACGYGRGAACUGGACCGUGAACUAGUYUCUGAUUACAACAUUACAAUCACUGCCACCGACGAGGGUUCUCCACCUCUGUCCUCCUCUAAAAGUGUUCAGUUAUCUGUAGCUGACGUCAACGACAACCCACCUGUGUUUGAGGAACAGUCCUAUAGCGCCCACGUGACUGAAAAUAACAAACCUGGCUCUUCCUUAUGUUCCGUUACUGCACGGGACCCAGACUGGAGACAGAACGGCACAGUGAUUUAUUCUCUCUUUCCCGGUGAAGUGAACGGUGUCCCGGUGUCCUCGUUUUUAUCCGUUAACGGAGACACGGGGGUGAUCCACGGUGUGAGGUCAUUUGAUUACGAGCAAUUCAGGAGUUUUAAAGUCCACGUGGUGGCCAGAGACAACGGUUCUCCUCCGCUCAGCAGCACGUCAACGUCAGCUGUGUUCAUACGGAUGUAGAAUGACAACUCUCCUCAGAUACUAUACCCCGCCUCGGAGGGAAAUCCCUUCAUGACCGAGCUGGUACCAAUAGCUGCGCACGGAGGCUCUCUGGUUUCCAAGGUGAUAGCGGUAGACGCGGACUCCGGGCAGAACGCCUGGCUGUCCUAUCAUAUAGUCAAAUCCACUGAUCCGGGACUUUUCACUAUUGGUCUCCACAGUGGAGAGAUCAGGACACAGCGGAACAUUUCUGAAUCUGACAGCAUGAAACAGAACCUCAUUGUGUCAGUGAAAGAUAACGGACAGCCCUCUCUCUCUGCCACCUGUAGCAUGUAUUGGAUUUCUGAUAACUUGGCUGAAGUGCCAGAACUGAAAGAUGUUUAUGAUGAGAACAAUUCCAAACUCACCUCUUAUCUGAUAUCCGCGCUGGUGUCCGUCUCCACAUUUUUCCUCACCUUCAUUAUUGUCAUCCUGGCCGUGAGGUUUUGCCGCAGGAGAAAGCCCAGACUGUUGUUUGACGGAGCGGUCGCCAUCCCAGCGCGUAUUCCCUCCAACUACGCAGAGGUGGAUGGCGCAGGAACUCUCCGCAGCACAUACAAUUAUGACACAUACCUGACGACGGGCUCGCGCACAAGUGACUUCAAGUUCAUCAGAUCUUCCAAUGACAACACGAUGCCCUUGGACCAGACUCUGAGAYCAACUCCAACAGUCUUUGCUGAAGCAUAUGAUGACUCCCAGGGGUCCCCAGAGGUGCGCUACUCCGUACCAGAGGAGAUAGAUCGCUGCUCGGUCAUUGGGAAUGUGGCUCAAGAUCUGAGGAAGAAAUUGCCUGAGCUUGGAGCACAUCGAGCCCGCAUCGUGGCGGAGGGCACUCGGCAGCUCUGUGACUCUGGACUCUGGACCGGAGAGCUCCUUACUUCGCGCCCCUUUGAUUACAAGCAGGCCAGUCACUAUAAGGUGGAAGUCACAGCUCAAGACGAUGGUACCCCUUCUCUCUCCAGUACCUGCACUGUGAGGGUGUUCAUCGGUGACCAUAAUGACAACAUACCCGUUGUUCUGUAUCCUGUCCAAUCAUCUGGCUUCAUCGCAGAGGACCUGGUGCCGCUGGAGGCACCUAAAGGUUACCUGGUUACCAAAGUGGUUGCCGUGGAUGCCGACUCCGGCCAUAACGCCUACGACCCUCCGAGCUACACAGACUUCAGCCGGUGUGGAACUCUCCUGAAAGAUGACAGUUUCAACUAUUUCCUGACCACUGGCUCGUGGAAGGGGGACUUACGUUUUGGGUAUUCCAUAGACACAGACACGUUGAGGAAAAGAGCAAGGCCUAUCAAAAAGACACAGUCAGACGUACAAGCACAGCUAGUCUCAAGAUGA